AUGGGCGGCCUACGGCUCCAUGCGAGUAGCGAUGACCCGCCGGAGGUGCGCAACUGGCGGGUGCACCUCAUGGCAUUGAUUGUGAGCUUUGGAGCACUUGCGAUGGGAUACGAUACGUCCGUGAUAGGCGGGACGAUGGCCUUGGCUCCCUUCAGACGAGACUUCGGGCUCGAUGGCAAAACCAGCUUUCAGAGGGACACUCUCCAAGGCAACAUUGUAUCGACCUUCCAGGCCGGCACAUUCUUCGGUGCGCUUCUCACGUUCCCACUUGGGGAGAAGAUCGGUCGAAAGCGUGCCAUCAUGGUAGCUAGCAUGAUCUUCCUUGUAGGGGGUACUCUGAUGACGGCUUCGAACGGCUUGCUCGGGCUACUCUAUGCUGGACGAGGCAUUGCUGGCUUCGGCAUCGGUUCUGUAUCUCUCCUGGUCCCUGUCUACAUUGCUGAGACCAGUCCACCAUCGAUUCGUGGACGGCUCGUUGGUAUCUUUGAGAUCUUGUCCCAAGGAGGUGGCAUGCUGGGCUUCUGGAUCAACUAUGCUGUCAACCAGACGAUCUCCGAUAGGUUAAAGACACAAUGGAUUAUCCCACUUGCACUGCAGCUCUUACCUGGUCUCUUCCUUCUAGUCGGCAUUCUGUGGUGCCCUGAGUCUCCACGAUGGUAUGCAAAGACAGAUCAGCUGGAGAAGGCAGCCACCACUCUGUCGUGGAUCCGAGGCUUGCCACAAGAUCAUCCUUACAUCCAACAGGAACUUUCAGAAAUCCGCGCACAAAACAUCGUAGCCAAACCACCACCUGGUGUCAAGAGCAGCAACAAGUACAUGUUCAAGCGUUUGUUCCAGAAAGGCACCCGCAAUAGGAUCGGGACUGGUCUUUUGCUCAUGGCUUUCCAGAACUUGACCGGUGUCAACAUCAUCACAUACUACAGCCCUCGAAUUUUCGAGACUCUCGGUAUCACCGGCACUGACACUAAGCUUUUCGCGACUGGCUUCUACGGUCUUGCUAAGACGCUCGGCAUGAUCAUCUUCAGCGUAUGGCUCGUUGAGCGAUUAGGUCGCCGACCAGGCCUCAUAUGGGGCGCAUUCGUAGGAUCCCUACCGAUGUGGUACCUUGGAGCCUACGUAAUGAAGGCAGAUCCAUCCGGCGCAGCUGCAGCUGGCGAGACAUCACGAGGCGGCGCUGGGUACUUCGCCAUGGUAUGUGUCUACCUCUACGGCCUGAUCUAUUGCGCGACUUGGCAAGGUAUCACGUGGGUAUAUUGCUCCGAGAUCUUCCCAAUGGAUAUCAGGAUGCUCUGCGUGGCCAUUACGACAGCAGACCAGUGGUUGUGGAGUUUCAUCAUCUCGCGGACGACUCCAUACAUGAUUACAUCGCUAGGCUAUGGUACUUACAUGUUCUUCGCCAGCUUGAUGGUGUGCAUGGGUUUCUGGGCAUGUGAGUAUUCGCCUCAUCCCGCGCUGCCAAGACGGCUGCGCCAUAAAUGUGGCUGUGCUAAUCACAUGAUUGCAGACUUCUUUGUGCCAGAGACGAAAGGCAAGAGUUUGGAGGACAUGGAGCCAAUCUUCGGCGCACCAACUGUGCUCGAUAUCAAGACUGCCGAUGACCCCGAAGACGCCCCUGGUACAACACUAGAUGAGAAGAAGCUGGAUAGUAGCAAGGUCACUUAUAUCGAGACCACCUCGCCACACGAGCAACGGCCCAUCAUCAGGAUUUUGAGCGCAUAG